ACGGCCUGCUAGAAGUAGAACCCUAAUGUACUUAAGAUCACACCCUUACAGAAUAAAAUUAUAAAAGGACACAUUAGAUAAUGCGGUCUUACAUAUCCCACCCCUCUUCCAAAAAAGAAUAAAAGACGAGAUGGCUACAGCUGAAAUGCCGCUGAUGAUUAAGAUCUGUUGGAGCCGAGUGGUCUUGGACGACAUCAACAAAAUUAACCAGAACCUCAUGUAGUCGUUCGACCGGCUCUAACAACUAAAUGUAGUUCAUAUGACACCAUAUCACCUUAAAUCAAGAAAGGACACUUUAAAUAACACAUUUCUAUAUUUCUUUAAUUUUUAUUUUAUACCGCAAUUUUGAGCCAUAAGCGUCGUUAGUUACAAGUUUCCAACGUGCCAAUCAAUGGUUCAUGGCGAAAGUGAGUGCAUAACCCGUUGCAAGGAACUUCGUUCGUUAAACACCGUUUUUUUUCUCCGGUUUCCCUCGCCAGUUCUAGCGCGAUGGACUCACUCGGUUUCUUUCUACCAAAUUUCAAGCACAAUGAUGUCAGUCCGAGGUUAUGUUAGAACACACUUACCCAAAGUUCCACGCAGUGGAACCGAACCCGGUAUCACGCUGUUGUGAAGCGAAGGCCGUGGCUUUUACGUAUUUUUCCUUGGUCUGUUCGAUCACAGUUGACCUGGGGUUAAAUAACAACGGCAAAAGCAUCUCGGACAAUCAAACUCGGAAUACUUGGAUGCCAUGACGUCAUCACAGCCUACGAAUGCAUCAGAAUGGCAACUAUACCGAGUUUUACAACGUGCAAACCUCUUACAAUAUUAUGAUACAUUUAUCGCUCAAGGAGGAGAUGAUGUUCAACAAUUGUGUGAAGCUGGAGAGGAAGAAUUUCUUGAGAUUAUGGCUCUGGUAGGCAUGGCAAGUAAACCUCUGCAUGUUAGACGUUUACAAAAAGCACUCCAAGAGUGGGUAGCAAAUCCAGCUGCAUUCCAAGGUCCAGUUGUUGGUUCAUCAAGUCCAGCUCCUGGAAGCAUCAGUGCCACCGUGAGGGAUCAAACUGCUGUUAAUACUUAUCCUACAUUGCAUUCCACACCUCCCAUUGUGAAUGCUCCUACAUGGAACCCUGCCACACAUCCGCCUCCUCGUAACAUCAGUCCUGCUAACACAGGUAGCUCAUCAGGUGCUUCACCCCAAGCCGACAUCAAAGUAGAGUUCACUGACCAAUCAUCUUGUAUGAUGUCAUUCCAGCCUGUUGACAUUAAUAUGAAACAACAUUCCUCUUCCUCCCCAUUACCCACACCAGUGCUGGUAGAAAGUCAGAUCAUAGCUAUUGCAGAAGCUGCUGCCAGAGUUGCUAAAGAUUCACCCGGAUUUGAACCUAAAGAAUUAAAUUUAAAAAAACAAAUAAACAGAGAAAUUCAGAUGGUAAUGACCAUGUCACCUGAAGAUCCAAACAGAAUGGAGGAAUUAAGAAAGUAUGCUGCAAUCUAUGGACGGUUUGACUCCAAAAGGAAAAAUGAUAAACCAAUGUCACUGCAUGAGAUCUCUGUAAAUGAAGCUGCCGCUCAGUUGUGCCAUCAUUUACCAGCACUGUUAACCCGGCGUGAAGAUUUAUUCCCAUUAGCAAGGCAGGUUGUUCGUGAGAGUGGUUAUCAGUAUUCCAAAGGUCACUCCAGUAAUUCCAAACAGCUGUGGGCAGUCGAAAGUCCGUCCAUCAACUGCAACAGAGCUUCAUCUGAUGGUUUAUCUAUAAAGCGAUCUAAGUUUGAUCCAGCUUUGACUCGUCAGUUUGAAACAAAUUCAAAAUUUGUCAAUGCUGAACUAGAAAAACUUCAGCGAGAGGAACGAAUGACAGCAAUAAACAAUGAAAUGGUUAGCUUGAAGCAGAAACAAGAUGAAAUAAAAUCUCAGCUCGUAGCUGCCAAAGAUGCUGGUGAUGCUGUUUCACUGCAGAAGCUACAAGGAACUCGCGAUCUAAUUACAUCUCGACAGCUUCAUCUAAUGGCUGAGCAGAAUGAAAUAAUCAAAAAACAGCGCCGCUUUGAACGGUAUCAGAUGAAGAAUGCCCGCUGUAGCAACAAUGGCAAAGAAUACAAUGAUGAUGAAGCCACAGAUUCUUCCAACUUCCCGAGUGGUUGCUCCUCUCCACUUAACGACUCCCAGGAUGGAGAAAGUUAUUUUGAUUUUACCAAAAGUGACUUAUAUACUGCAACUCAGAAAAAUGCCAAGUUGGUGCAAGAAACCCUCUUUGAUGAAGGUUUGCGUAUUGCUCAACAGUACGGCAUGGCUGAUUUUGCAGAGCAGCUAAAAGAACUGCAACAGCAAAAACCUAAAAGUAACAUUACAGGAUAUAAAAAAUCCAUCAACAGAAAUAUGAAUGGAAACUGUAGUCAUAAAACUGUGAUCAAUGAAGCAGAUGAUGAUGUAAUUGAAGACGAAGAUGAAGAUGUGGUGAUAGAUGAGUACAAUGACAAUAACAACAACAAUAGUUGUAACAGCACUAGUAAUAACAACAACAACAAUAACAUCAACAUCAACAAUAACAACAGCAGCAGAAACCAUUCAUCUGGUGAAGAGUUGGAAAAUACAAAUAAUGAAAUACUUCCAAGAAAGAAUGGAAUUGAAGAAAAUGACAGUGUGAAAACUAACCUAGUUAAAAAUAACAUGAUGGCGGGUUAUUACGCAGCACUGGAGAGCAAGGACAGUUUCAAAGAAGAUAAACAUGAUCUAAGGGAAGAAUCUAUGGCAAAUGAUAUGCUAAUAAGAGACAGAAGAAUCAAAGAUGGCAAAAAAUAUUGGAGUGGGCCUUUUGGGCAUAGUCUUAUCCCAAACGGUGAGAAUGGCAACCAACAAAUGGAUGGUUAGCGGGAAUCUCACAGAGUAAACGCAGAUUUUAAGACUUCCAAAGAUUUGUGUUACAGAAAAGAACAAUUUAUUAUCAACAUAGCAUCGACAAUGCAAGCUGUGAUAACGCAGGUGAAGAAGCCCCCCAC